GUUCCAUUCUCUUAAAAUAAUUGAUUUUCGUCUUUUCUUUCUACAUUUCUCCAACUCUUCGCUGCUUGUCUACGCGACCCUGCUCGUCGAUUUCUGCCGGUGGAUCCCUCGCUCUCCCCGGAUUUUCGUCCAAGGUCUGUUUUCCUACUUGCUGUUCAGAUUCCAGAUAAAAGAAUACGCACUACUGGUUUUCUUUUUUCUGAAGAAUAAUGUUCGGAAGCAACCCUUUUGGGCAGUCGUCUAGUAGCCCAUUUGGGUCUCAACCUGUUUUUGGGCAAACUAGCAGCGCUACUAACAAUCCUUUUGCCCCUAAACCUUUUGGUGGCAAUACUAGCCCUUUUGGUUCGCAGACAGGGGGUUCUAUUUUUGGCGGCAUGUCUACUGGUGUUUUUGGUGCCCAAUCUUCUUCUCCUUUUGGAUCCACUUCUGUUUUUGGUGCUUCCUCAUCACCUGCUUUUGGAAGUGCAACCCCAACCUUUGGAGCUUCCACAGGGUCUGCAUUUGGAAACACAUCUUCAGCAUUUGGUGGGUCCUCAGUAUUUGGACAGAAGCCCGCAUUUGGUGGUUUUGGAUCUAAUACUACUCAAUCAAGUCCUUUUGGUGGUUCAUUCCAGCAAUCACAGCCUGCCUCUGGGAGCAAUUUAUUUGGCUCAUCAACACCUUUUGGUGCUCCUAGUCAACCUGCCUUUGGUGCGUCAAGUAGUCCUGCAUUUGGGGCACCCAGUACUCCAGCUUUUGGUGCAACUAGCACCCCUGCCUUUGGUUCUACUGCAAGCCCAACAUUUGGCAGCACAAGUGGUGGCUUUGGUGCGUCAAGUUCUCCUUUUGGAUCAAGCACUCCAGCAUUUGGUGCUUCUUCCACUCCAUCAUUUGGGGCUUCUAGCACGCCAGCUUUUGGCGCCACAGCUUCUCCUGCUUUUGGUGCAACAAGCAGUCCGGCUUUUGGUGCCACAACCACUUCUGCAUUUGGUGCUUCAAGUACUCCGUCAUUUAAUUUCGGAUCAAGUCCUGCAUUUGGCCAAUCAACAUCCGCAUUUGGCCAAUCAACUUCUGCAUUUGGAAGUAGUCCAUUUGGUGCAACAUCAUCCUUUGGAGCUCAAAGUACUUCAUUUGGAGCUCAGACUACAACGCCUGCAUUUGGUAACUCAGGAUUUGGCCAGACUGCUUUUGGAGGGCAACGGGGCGGGAGUAGAGUAACUCCAUACUCAGCAACACCCGAGACAGAUGGUGCCACAGGUACACAGCCUGCUGGAAAGCUAGAAUCUAUCUCAGCCAUGCCGGUCUAUAAAGAUAAAAGCCAUGAAGAACUUAGAUGGGAGGACUACCAGUUAGGAGAUAAAGGAGGGCCAGCUCCUGCCGGUCAGGCUACUGCUGCUCCUGGAUUUGUUGCUCCAUUUUCAGCCACACCUACUCCUUCAUUUGGCCAGUCAUCCACAAAUCCCUUUUCAUCUUCAACACCUUCCAAUCUAUUCGCUCCUAAAACACCAGCGUUUAACAAUUCAGGCUUUGCACCUUCAACUGGUUCUGCCUUUAGUUCUUCACCUUUUGGAACAUCAAAUACAACUAACCCUUUUGGCUCUACAUCAUCAACAACAACAACCUCCUUAUUUGGUGCAGCUCAACCAUUUGGAGCCAAUACCUCUUCUUCUCUUUUUAACUCUUCAAGCCCAUCUCCUUUCGGAUCACCAUCUAUUUUUGGGUCUUCAUCAUCACAGGGGACUGGAACUGCAUUUGGUACCAGCUUGGGGUUUGGUAACACUCAGUCUUCCCCAUUAUUCCAGUCAACGACACCUACACUUGGACAGAGUAGUUCACCUUUUGGACAGACAACUGCAUUUGGUCAAACUACCUCAGGUUUUGGUCAGUCAAAUUUGUUUCCUACACCCUCUACGGGUUUUACUGGCAAUCUGUUUGCAAGCAGUUCAUCACUGCCAAGCAGCACUGGUGGCGCCUUGGGAUUUGGUCAAACAACUCCUUCUAUUUCUACUCCAUUUCAAUCGGCACAGCCGGCUCCUGGGAGCUUCAACUUCAGCAAUUUUGGCCAGUCACAAGCAGCUGCUCCAAGUGGCUUUACUGGCACCCCUGGCAUGUUCAGCAAUACUGCUUUUGGACAAGCGCCAGGCACGCAAACCGCAGUUGCUGCACAAGCAGCUCCCAUUACAAAUCCCUUUGGAACUUUACCUACAAUGCCUCAAGUGUCAAUUGGUCGCGCGGGGAUUUCCCCUUCUGUUCAGUAUGGGAUUUCUAGCCUGCCAGUUGUUGAAAAACCAGUUCCUGUAAGAAUAUCCUCUCUUUUAACAUCUCGACACCUCUCCCAAAGGCGUGUAAAGCUUCCAGUUAGGAAAUAUCACCCUAAAUCCAAUGGCCCAAAGGUGCCUUUCUUUAAUGAUGAUGAAGAAACAGCAAGCACACCAAAAGCAGAUGCUCUGUUUGUGCCAAGGGAGAAUCCAAGAGCUCUAGUGAUCCGUCCACUGGAACAGUGGCAUUCUAGAUCCAGUGCAGAGAAAACAAAGACCACUGGCACUCCCAUGCGUGAAAAUGGUGAGCUUCAUGAUGAUGGCUACAAUUCCAUGAAUGGGAACAGGAACAAAGAUGCUUCCCCAAGAGAAGAUUCGGUGGAAAAUGGCCUGGCUAAAGAACAAGCCAAUCCUGUAAAAGGGAACCAGAAAGCUAAUGGUGUCCAUAAUGGUCUUUCCACAGAGAAAGGUGACUCAUACAUAACUCUUACAGGGCAUCGAGCUGGUGAAGCUGCUAUAGUUUAUGAGCAUGGAGCUGGAAUUGAGGCGCUGAUGCCAAAGCUCCGCCACUCUGACUAUUAUACCGAGCCACGGAUCCAGGAGUUGGCUGCAAAGGAAAGGGCUGAGCCAGGCUAUUGUCGCCAUGUGAAGGAUUUUGUAGUGGGAAGGCAUGGAUAUGGUAGCAUCAAGUUCUUUGGGGAAACUGAUGUGCGGAGGCUAGAUCUCGAGUCUCUGAUCCAAUUCAACAAUCGUGAGGUGAUAGUUUACAUGGAUGAGAGCAAGAAACCCCCCGUUGGACAAGGUCUGAACAAGCCUGCUGAGGUUACACUCCUAAACAUAAAAUGCUUCGAUAAGAAGACAGGUCAGCAAUAUGUGGAGGGGCCAAGAAUCGGCAAGUACAAAGAGAUGCUGAAAAGAAAAGCUGAGGAUCAAGGUGCCGAGUUUGUUUCUUAUGAUCCAGUGAAAGGAGAAUGGAAGUUCAGAGUCAACCAUUUCAGUGCAUAUAAGCUUGGCGAUGACGAAGAUGAAAGUUGUGAAAACGUGCUUACUUGUUUUAGUUGACGCAAGAGUAUGUGUGUUUUGUUUGUGAAAAUGCUAGUAGUGUGUUGGUAAGUUUGGUUUGAGUUAGCAACUUUUGUAUUAAGUUUUCACUAGUAAUGUUUCAGUUAAACCUUUGGUUCAUUGUUGUUUAGUUUCUACCUUUUUUGGAGAAAGAAUUAUAAGAUACUCUUUCCCAUGACAA